GUGUAAUUCACUUCCUGCUUCUCUUCCCCGACUGUCGACUGAUCAGCUGCUUCAGUCCUGUCUCUCCGACAAAAGACACAAUGUCACAUCAAACGGGCAUUCAAGCGAGGAAUGAUGUGAAGGAAAUGUUUGCCAGUGCCAGAGGUGGAGACAAAUACCGAGCCCUGAAGAUUGUCAUUGAGGAUGAGCAGCUGGUUCUCGGUGGAUACGAGAAGGCUUCAAAGAAGUGGGACCAGGAGUAUGAUUCCUUAGUGCUGCCGCUGCUUGAGGAUGGCAUGCCCUGUUAUAUUUUGUACCGGCUGGACUCUACUAACAACCAAGGCUACGAAUGGAUCCUUCUGGCCUGGUCACCGGACCACUCUGCUGUGCGACAUAAAAUGUUAUACGCUGCUACCAGAGCUACACUGAAAAAGGAGUUUGGAGGAGGCCACAUCAAGGAUGAGAUUUUCGGUACCACAAAGGAUGAUUUGAAUCUGAAUGGUUACAGGAAAUAUCUGACCUCGCAGGCAGCUCCUUUGCCCCUCACUGCUGCAGAGGAGGAACUGAGACAGAUCAAGCUAAACGAGGUGCAGACGGACAUCAGUGUGGACACGAAGCAGCAGACUCUGCAGGGAGUGGCCUUCCCCAUAAACGCAGAAGCCGCUGAAGCACUUAAACAUUUUAGGAUGAAGAAAGUUAACUAUGUACAACUGAAAAUAGAUGCCGAAAGGGAGAUGAUUUGCUUGUGCAGCACUGAGCCAACAGAGGUGAAAGACCUGCCAAAGAGAAUCCCCAAAGAUUCUCCACGUUACCACUUCUUCCUUUACAAGCACUCGCACGAAGGCGACUACCUGGAGUCCACAGUCUUCAUUUAUUCCAUGCCAGGGUACACGUGUAGCAUCAAGGAGAGGAUGUUGUAUUCCAGCUGCAAAAAUAACCUGAUUGACAUGGUGGAAAGCAAGCUCCAGAUUGAGAUUGAGAAGAAGCUGGAAAUUGAAAAUGGGGAUGAACUAACAAGUGAUUUCCUGUAUGAGGAGGUGCAUCCCAAGCAGCAUGCACAUAAGCAGAAGUUUAGCAAACCCAAAGGCCCUGCCGGUAAAAGGGGUGGCCGCCGAAUCACCCAACUUCCCCGUGAGGGAGAAGAGGAAGAUUGAAACCGACCUCAGCUCUAGAACACCAUCUCCAAACUCCGAGCACGUUCCACAGUGGAACAUUCCUGCAAUGGGGCCACACAUUUAACAUUUAAUACCCCCAAACCCCAUGAGAAAAUAAAUAAAUAAAUAAAAAAAGGAAAAUAAACAAAACAUGAACCUCAGAUUGCCACAGAAUUCCCCAAUAGACCAAACUAUGCACGCCAAGGACAACUGAGCAACAUCACUUCAAUUUCCAUUUGUAGCUUGUCAAAUGGAACUGCAUUUAUCUCACAAAACGCUUGAUGAUAAUUCAAGUGGGGGGGGUCUAAAGUUAAAGUUUCUACUUUGUUGCCAGCUCUGACACUUUAAAACAAAUGCUCGUGACUAAUGUGAACUCACGCCAAUACGAUGAAAUCCCUAAUUUGAGUUCACAUGCUUCAAUUCCUGAAAAGCAUUCCUGAAGUUAACUUUCUUUUGUGUUUGUCUCCUACUCGCUGCACAAUGAGGUGCUCCAAAGCAGAAAAAAAAAGUCUAAAUAUUCCCACUUGUCUGUUUUGUUCAUUUUAACUGCUCAUUUUUUUAAAUGGAAAAUAAUUCUCUUUUGAUAUAACUGUGGUUUACAUAAAAAAAAUCAUCUGCUGAGAAACUUAUUUUUCUAUGCAAGUGCUGUAAAUGUACAUAUUGUAGCUGUGUGAUGCUCUGUGACUAAGAAACGGUCUGUUCUGGUGAUUGCCAGUAAGAAUUGCAGAGGAAGGAAUGGGCUUCCAGAAAUUUUCCAUCGAUACAUUUCAGAUUUCAUCAAGAUGAAGCUCCUCAGAACUGGUUUCCACAAAGAACAGAAAGGAAAGGGAAUACUACUAAGUACCUUCAUCCAAAUGUUGCCACACUCACUGGUCUGAUCAACAUUAGGCAAACUACCACAUUCACCUCGUGUAAAGGGAAAUUCCCUUUAUGUUCAUUCAUUGUCAUUGGGGGAAAAAAAAUUAAAAAAAUCAUCUUUGGGUCUUA